AUGGCCAUGUUAAAGCGCAUCUUAGCGCUUUUGACCGCUUUUGCCGUCUUACGCAGUGCCGAUGCUACACAAAUCAUGGCUCGCCCUGCCAAUGUUACAGCGCCGAAACACGUCUUCCCUCUAGAGAAGAAUCCCAUCGUGAAUCAUGUCCAUAAACGAGCUACGGGCAAAGUUAACAUGGCUUACUUCGUCAAUUGGGGUGUUUACAGCCCUCGCCUGUUCUACCCUCAAAACAUCGAUGUGUCCAAACUCAGUCACAUCCUCUAUGCUUUUGCGGAUUGCGAUGCUAGCAGUGGAACGAUUUCCCUGACCGAUCCAUACGCCGACACGCAGCUGCAUUUCCCGACGGAUAGCUGGAAUGAUGUGGGCAACAAUCUCUACGGCGCCCUCAAGCAGAUGUACUUGCUUAAACUAAAGAACCGCAACCUCAAAGUGCUUCUCUCGGUUGGAGGAUGGACUUAUUCCCAAGCAGGCCACUUCAACUUCGUUACCAACGCCGCUGCUCGAACAAAUUUCGUCAACAGUGCUGUUUCUAUGAUUGAGAAUUAUGGGUUCGAUGGCAUCGAUCUGGACUUUGAAUAUCCCUCCAAUGCCGCCCUCGGAAAAGGUUUUGCUGAUCUCUACACGUCCCUGCGGACCGCCUUUGAUGCGCUUGCCUCGCGAAAGGGCGAUACUACGCCAUACCAGCUGACCGUCGCUGUCUCUGCGGGUGCAGAAAACUACGCGAACCUCGUCGUUCCACAGAUGAACUCAGCCCUCGAUUACUGGAACAUUAUGGCUUACGACUACGCGGGAUCUUGGCUGACUUACACCGACAAUCAAGCCAAUCUGUAUGGCGGCGCACGCACGGGCGUCUCCACAGAUGCCGCCGUCAAACACUUUGUCAGUGCUGGUGCGACAAAAAGCAAGCUCUUGAUGGGAAUUCCCAUCUAUGGACGUGCUUUCGAGCAAACGGCUGGACUUGGGCAACCUUACAACGGCAUCGGUCCUGGUACUUAUGAGGCAGGAGUUUACAAUUACAAUGCUCUUCCAAUCGCCGGUGCUCAAGUGUUCGAAAACACUACUGAUGUCACCUCCUACUCGUACGACUCCGCCAAGAGGGAGUUUGUUACAUACGACACUCCCAACAUCGCUCGUCUCAAGGCGCAAUAUGUCAACUCCCAGGGCCUCGGCGGAAACUUCUUCUGGGAACUUUCGGCCGACAAGACCGGUGCGGAUUCGCUCGUCGGCACCACAGCGUCUGUACUCGGCGGUCUUGACUCGACGCCAAACCAUAUUAACUAUCCUUCCUCGACAUGGGAUAAUAUUAAGAACAACAUGGGUCAGUCAACUGGUGGCGGAGGUGGUGGUGGAGGCGGAGGAGGCGGAGGAACUGGACAAUGUGCUAAUGUCCCGGCUUGGUCCGCAUCGGCCGUCUUUGUUGGUGGACAGUCUGCCGUAUAUAACAACCACCUGUGGACCGCGUCGUGGUGGACUCAAGGCGAUACCCCUGGCGGCGCUGUUGGGGUUUGGGUCGACAAGGGCGCUUGCUAA